UGACCAACUCAUGUGGUGAAACCAGUCGAUCGCCUUCAACCUGGGAAGGAGGCCAGGCCGGGGAAUGGUAUAAAGGUGCCCGGGCCCCUGUUCAGCUCAGCACUCUGCUGACAGCCUCCGCCUCGGUCCCUACAGUGAGGCUGGUUGACCUAUAGCAGCUUUCAAGAUGUCCGAACAACACACCCUGCCGGUGACCCUCCCUCCUGCCCUGUGUCAGGAGAUCCUCAAGACUGUUCCUCCUCCAGCUGCUUUCCAUCAGGAACAAAUGGUGCAGCCAACUCCACUGCCUGCCCCAUGCCAGAAGGUGCCCUGUGAGCUCCCAGUGGAGGUCAUCUCAAACCUUGAGGAGAAACAUGCAAAUCCUGUGAAUGGGGGUUCUGAGCCAGAGUGUCAGCAGCCCGAGCCACAGGUACAGGAAGUGCAUGUGGGACAGCAGCCUGAGCCACAGGUGCAGGAAGUGCAUGUGGGACAGCAGCCUGAGCCACAGGUGCAGGAAGUGCAUGUGGGACAGCAGUCCGAGCCACAGGUGCAGGAAGUGCACGUGGGACAGCAGCAGCCACAGGUGCAGGAAGUGCAUGUGGGACAGCAGCCCGAGCCACAGGUGCAGGAAGUGCAUGUGGGACAGCAGCCCGAGCCACAGGUGCAGGAAGUGCACGUGGGACAGCAGCCCGAGCCACAGGUGCAGGAAGUGCACGUGGGACAGCAGCCUGAGCCACAGGUGCAGGAAGUGCAUGUGGGACAGCAGCCCGAGCCACAGGUGCAGGAAGUGCACGUGGGACAGCAGCCUGAGCCACAGGUGCAGGAAGUGCACGUGGGACAGCAGCCUGAGCCACAGGUGCAGGAAGUGCAUGUGGGACAGCAGCCUGAGCCACAGGUGCAGGAAGUGCAUGUGGGACAGCAGUCCGAGCCACAGGUGCAGGAAGUGCACGUGGGACAGCAGCAGCCACAGGUGCAGGAAGUGCAUGUGAGACAGCAGCAGCCUGAGCCACAGGAGCAGGAAGUGCACGUGGGACAGCAGCCUGAGCCACAGGUGCAGGAAGUGCACGUGGGACAGCAGCAGCCAGAGCCACAGGAGCAGGAAGUGCACGUGGGACAGCAGCCAGAGCCACAGGUGCAGGAAGUGCACGUGGGACAGCAGCCUGAGCCACAGGUGCAGGAAGUGCACGUGGGACAGCAGCCCGAGCCACAGGUGCAGGAAGUGCAUGUGGGACAGCAGCAGCCACAGGUGCAGGAAGUGCACGUGGGACAGCAGCAGCCACAGGUGCAGGAAGUGCAUGAGGAACAGCAGCCAGAGCCACAGGAGCAGGAAGUGCAUGUGGGACAGCAACAGCAACAGCAGCAGCAGCCACAGGAGCAGGAAGUGCAUGUGGGACAGCAGCAGCAGCAGCAGCCACAGGAGCAGGAAGUGCAUGUGGGACAGCAGCAGCAGCAGCCACAGGAGCAGGAAGUGCAGCCACAGAAGCAGGAACAGCAUGAGGGACAUCAUGGGGCAGAAAAUCUCAACCAGCAGCUUGAGCAAGAAAAAGCACAUAGGGAGCAGCAGCCGAAGGAGCAGCUGGAGCAGAAGACACAGCUCUUGGACCAGCAGCUUGAUCAAGAGGUAGCAAAGACAGAAGAGCAGUUGGGAAACAAAGAAGAGUGGCCGGAGCAUCCAAAGCAGCCUGCCUUUCUCACAACGCCUGGCCAGGUCCAAGAGGUCCAGCCAUGCCUGCCACCGAAGGGAGAAGCUUUGCUCCCCACAGAGCGGCUGCAGCAGAAGUAGGAGGUGCAGCGACUGCCUGAAUAUAAGUAACUAACCCUUGUGUCCCAGAGGCUUCAGUCCACCCCACACAAGGGGAGGGAGAGUCACUGGCCCCAGUGACCUCACAUCCCCUGGAUGGCUCUGCCUCUCUGCUUGGCUUUUUUAUGGGGUUGCGGGAAGACGAUGGUAUGGCCAGCACCCACCUGUAGUGAGCCCAGUCCAACCUCAGGUGAUUAGAGCCCCACCUGAGGCACUAUCGUUGCCAUAGUAACUCUGCCUUCACCCCAAGUAUUAAACUGGAUCUGUGAGUGUGCAUGCAUAAUAAAUCCUGGAAGUCCUGAGA